UCCUUAUUGUUACAUUUUAGUAACACGUAAGGGUUAAUUAUUACUCAGGUACUGAUGACUGAUGUCGGAAAUGGCUACAGCGGAAGACUUGAAGUUGAUGCAGUUUUGUAGAAGUCUACCUAAAAUAGAGUUGCAUGCACACAUCAACGCCUGUAUCAGCACGAGCACAGUACGGAAGCUAGUUCGCCUAAAGGAAGCCAAGGGAGAACCAUGUCUAGAUGUCAGCAAGUAUUUUGUUACAGAACACAUCACCCUGGAUGAGUUAUUCCAGAAGUUCAAGAUUAUUCAUGCGCUAAACACGAGCGUAGAGUCCAUGUUCUUGACGACAUACGAGACGAUCCGGGAGAUGGCGGCAGACGGCGUGAGAUACGCGGAGCUGCGCAGCACGCCUCGCGCCGACGCCGCGACGGGAAUGACGAAACGCUCGUACGUCGACGCCGUGCUCGCCGCCGUCCGCAAGUGCGAGCAGGAGAACGUGGACAUCGUCGUGAAGCUGCUGCUGUCGAUCGACCGACGUGGAAGCGUCGCGGACGCCGCCGACACCGUCCGCCUCGCGACGCAGUACGCGGCGUCGUCCGGCGGCGUCGUCGUCGGCGUCGACCUCAGCGGCGACCCCGCGGUGAACGACGCGAGGGUCUUCAUUCCUGUGCUGAGGGAGGCGUCUGCUGCCGGCUUGAAGCUGUCGCUGCACUUAGCCGAGGUCGUCAACAACGAGGAGACGUUGGAGCUGCUGAGGUGCGUGCGCGUGGACAGGAUCGGUCACGGGGUUUUCCUGCACCCGGAGGUCGGCGGCUCGCAGGCCAUCGUUGACUGCGUGCGAUCCAACAGAACUCCCAUAGAAUGCUGUCUGAGCAGCAACGAGAAGUGCUACAGUCUGCCGCAUCUGCAGGACCAUCACUUUGUUUACUGGCACAUCGAGAACAAGCAUCCGUGCAUACCCUGCACGGACGGUGGCGCUAUCUUUGAGACGAGCCUGUCGCGCGAGUACUACCUGCUCGCUGAGCACUACGGCCUGACGCGGCGACAGCUCUACGACAUCUCGCUGCGCUCCAUCGACCACGCGUUCACGGACGAGACGACGCGGGAUGCGCUGCGCCGACGCUGGCAGCUAGAGGCGCCCUCGCUCUAGUGCGUCGUCGUCGGUAGAGGGCGCCUCUCGCUCUAGUUCGUCAUCGUCGGUAGAGGGCGCCUCUCGCUCUAGUCCAUCGUCGUCGGUAGAGGGCGCCUCUCGCUCUAGUUCGUCAUCGUCGGUAGAGGGCGCCUCUCGCUGCGCGCUAUCGACCACGCGUUCACGGACGAGACAAGAGGCGGCCUCGCUCUAGUCCUUCUCUCUAGUUCAAUUACCUUCCUC